GGCCUUGACAAAACUAUCGAUACUUUCUCCUCCCUAAUUAACAUGUUUUUACUCCGUUCUUUGCGUAUCCAGCGGACAAUGGCGUAUUAUGCUGUUGCGAGUGGGCGAAAGGCGGGAAUCUACGACACUUGGGCCCAAUGUGAGCAGCAAGUGAAGGGCUUCAAGAAUGCAGUCUACAAGAAGUUCAACACACGCCAGGAGGCGGAGCAAUUUAUCAACAUUAAAAGUUCCUAUGCACCCCAUGAAGUAGCAGUGCCGCUGGGACAAAGGCAGCCUCCGCCAGCAAACUGGGGCACUGUCAAGCAACAGGAGCCUCAAUAUACAGAAGCAUGGCCAGACGAAGAUCACGACCUGGUGGAGGACGAGCUGAAUGCAGCCAUGAAUGAAGUGGAGGGAGAUCCCAAACCAACCAGCAGUAGUAGUCUGAUGUAUGGGGCGACAAAAAAACGCAAAGUGGACGCUAGCGACGAUCGGCAAAAGAAAGUACCUCGGCAUGUGUCCCGAGUUGCGGAAGCAGCUGGUAUCAAGCACAUCGGCGAAUUAGAGUUUGAAAUCGACACCGACGGCUAUGUCAUUGUGUACACAGAUGGCUCUUGCAUAGGAAAUGGUCGCAAAGGAGCAUGUGCCGGCUAUGGAGUCUAUUUUGGCGACAAUCACUUGCUAAAUGCAGCCAAGCCAGUGAGCGGACGCGUCACAAAUAAUGUGGGUGAGAUACAGGCAGCGAUUCAUGCUAUCAAGACAGCGCUGGAUUUGGGCAUUGGAAAGCUUUGCAUUUACACAGACUCUCAGUUCCUGAUCAACUCCAUAACCUUGUGGGUGCAAGGCUGGAAGAGAAAGGGCUGGAUGUUGGCAAACAAUCAGCCGGUGAAGAAUGUAGUCGAUUUCAAGGAGCUGGAUGAACUACUCCAAAAAGGGGACAUCAAAGUAAAAUGGAACUAUGUGGAGGCCCACAAGGGCAUUAAAGGCAACGAAAUGGCUGAUAAAUUGGCGCGAGAAGGAUCCGCUUUGUACAAAGAACUGAAUUUAAAAUAAUCUUCAAUUAGACAUUAGUUUUUGAAUUCCGCGCUCAAACCAAAGUGUGGAAUUCAACCGAUAUGGCAACCCCGAAUAAAAUUACAGACAGUGAAAACCCUA